GCGAAGCGAAAACAAAUCGUGAAAAUCGUGAAAAAUCCGUGAAAACCCGUCGUUUCUAACUCAUUAAACGCGUCAUUUUGUGCCAUUACGCGGUGCUGUGUUCACUUCAUCGCGCCAAACGUCAAAAAUCACCGAAAAAAGGAAGGAAAAACGGAAAAAUGGCGAAUGUUGUUGAAACGAAAAUUUGAAAACAAGGUGAAUCAAGUGUCCUGUGUGUGAAAAUUUUUUGUCUGUGUGAAAAAAUGAGGGGAUGUGAGUGAUGGGAACUUUGGUGUCUGUGCUCAAUUGGACUUGUGACAAGUGUCGCAACAUCAAUGAAAUCGAGAGUUUGCAGUGCUCGUACUGCCAGGCGCCCCGAAAAAUUCCCGAAGCUGAACUAGAUACGGUCGACGGAGUGUUAUCUGCGCCCAUCGGCGAUAGCAGCAGCGACGAAGAAACCGACAAAUUCGAGACGGUGCGACGCAUUCAGUGCAACAGCAGCAAAAAAGCCUCACAACAAGACAAAAGCAGCGAAAAAGGAGUCUUUGAAGCAUCUGCUGGGAAUGCGAAUAAGCGACGUUUUCUGCCGUAUUGCAAGGAUAGUCUCGCGAUCGCCCACAAAAACAUCAAUCAACGUCGCAUCCGCCUGCAUCGAUUCCGUUUCCGGCACAACGAUGCGUGCGAAUUAACGUUAUUCCAUGCGACGAGCGGCAAACGACGUUCCCAGAGUCAACCGAACAUCACGCGAAAUUGGGUUUGUUUGUCGUGCGAGUACUUAAAUUGCACCGUCGCCUGGCAUUGUCUCAGUUGCGAGCAUCCGAGUGUUUUGGCGCCCAUUUACAAAGCGACGCUGAACAAAAAACCGGAUAUCGGAGUAAAUAUUGAGCAAAUUCCCGCAGCGAUAACAGCGAAAAACCGAAAUACGUCGGAAAAAUUGGAACAAACGCACCACGAGACACCCUUGAAACCAUGGUUGAGUAUGGAAAGUGGCUUGAAUCAUAAAUGUGCGAAUAAGAAACGAUGUCAAUUAUGUUUAUUCAAUCGCUACGACUUGUUCAGUGAGAAUCAGGGCAUCAGCAACAACAACACGCGGCUUAACGGUUACACGCAAAUCACGCAAAGGCAUCCAAAGUGCGAUCAUUUGGCGGAAAAAUCGACCGAGGAAUGCAUUAAACUGCCCUUUAUCAUCGACGACUUGAGCAAAAGUGAUUAUAACGCGAAAAAUUUGAACAAUUAUUCGAACAAACGCAUCAACAAGUCACUUUCGAGCAUUUCCGCUGAACCUCUGAGCACCAGUUACAGCAGUAAUUUGCUCAAAGAGGCAUCCGCGACGGAUUUGAGACGAACGCUGCGUCUGGCGAAGAUUAACAACACCUCCUUCGACACUUCUUCCGGGCAAUACGUGCGUCAAUUGUCCGAGCCGAACACCCAAAGUGAGAUAAAUAACCGAAUUUAUCAGAACGUCACGUGCGACAUCUGCGGAAUUUGCAACAGUGGCAAGAAACAUUCACCGCCAACGUCGAACGACACGAAAAACAUCCAAGAAACCAGUCGAUUCACGAUCACAACGUUACGUCGUCGCGGCGAAAAGUCAUCAGCAACCUCUGAGACCCCAAAUCGCGGCGGAGUUUUUGUUUCCAUCAAAGAUUGGACCGUAAAACCUCCCAUUGUUGCUUCGCUGAGCAACUUGGAGUCCAAAGACGGGACUGUCACGAUGAACGACAAUACUCGUGUCUACGAAAACAGUCAAAUUAUCAAGCAACACACGAGUAACAACAACGCCGCAUCGCAAAAUGCCUAUGAAAAUGUCUCCAAAAGUGACACGAAUGACAAUUCGCUCCCUGAUGCGCCCUUAUAUGCCAUCGUCAAUAAGCAAGCGAAUCGUUCAAAGGCAGCUGUAGCGUCAAAAAGCACAAAUAACGCUGAAAAAGACAAAUCACAACCACUUUACUCGUACAUUGGCAUCACAGACCCCAAUGAAACUCCUCUGAAUCCGUCGUCUUGUGAUAAUUCCGCCGAAGAUGACGGGAUUUAUGCCACAAUUAGUGCAAGCAGUGCGAAUAACAAUGUAAAAAGUAGUCAAAUUGCCAGUACGUCAUGCAGUCUCAACAGCAACGAUGCGAAUGGCGUCUCGGAAACGGGAGAUAUUUAUGCAAAAGUAUGGAAAGGACCCAAAAAAUCCAUGGAUACACAAAAAAGUUCGGCAGCUUCGAAAUUAUCAUCAACGUCAUCAGGAAUGACCCGAAUGUGGACCUGCAUUAAAUGCUCAUACGCCUAUAAUCCGCAAUGGGUGAAACAAUGUGAUAUUUGUGAGUCCAGUCGAUCACAUUUGAGCUCCAAAGACUCAAAUAUUGAAAGUAGUGACAACGACAAGUCUCGUAUGUUGAAAUUAUUGUCACAUGGCUUCGAUGAGGUACCAACAAAAGUCCCCAUGGCAACUUUCGAGCAAGAUUUGGAAGACGAUUUUCAAUUUCUGCCAGGCGACACAAUUCCCUCCGAUUCCGAAAUCGAAUGGACAUGCAAAAAGUGUACGUUGCUAAAUAAAGGCACAUCUACCGUUUGUAUCGUUUGUGGCGGCUCGAAACUCCGCAGUAUCACGUCUGUCGAGGAUUUGACGUUGCGCAAAGGCGAAUUUUGGUCCUGCUCAAAGUGCACGUUGAAAAAUUCCCUCGGGAGUAAUGCGUGUAGUGCUUGCAAAGCAACACGACAAUCAUCAUCCGCCCAGCCAAAUAAUGUCGCAGCAUCAACGACAAGUGCAUCGUCAAUAGCAUCAACGACAACGACAUCAGCUGUGACGUCAAACAUGAAAAAUUCAUCAUCUCAGGCUUGUAUUUCGGCAAAUUCAGGAAAACAUAAUGUUGUUGGGAGCGGAAGUAAUAAUCUGAUGCCGCCCGCAAAUCGGGGCGUUUCGCGAAGUCCGUCACGGAAUGAUCGGAUAUCGGCAUCAGGAGCAAUACCGAAGCGUCACAGUACCGGAGCAAUGCUUUCAUCAUCUUCACGAAACAUCAUCGCCAGCGGACCAACGAAGCAAACCGCCUCCAAAACAUGGCAAUGUCCCGCUUGCACUUUCGAAAACUCCUCCGCCUCAGUUGUCUGCGAAAUUUGUUCGAGUCACCGCAAGUUGAACGUCACAACGGAAACCAGUUUUUCGGGCGGUCCCAUGGGUGCUCUCGACAACGUCGUCGACAUGAGUCGCCACGAAAGCAAAUUGAUGGAAAAUCUCCGUCAAAUGGAGGAAUCCGAUGCGCUGAGUAAAUGGGAGAACAUCAUUCAGUAUUGCAAGGAAAACAACGAGCUUUUUGUGGAUGACUCGUUUCCGCCUGCUGCCAAAAGUCUGUAUUACAAUCCGAAUGCCAAUGUCGAUGUGAAUCCGGUUGUGCAAUGGCGACGCCCGCACGAGAUAAAUUGUGAUGGCGGAUCGUUUCCGCCAUGGGCCGUCUUUCGAACGCCACUUCCAUCGGAUAUUUGUCAAGGAGUUCUCGGCAAUUGUUGGCUUUUGAGUGCUUUAGCGGUGUUGGCAGAACGCGAGGAUCUCGUGAAGGAAGUUCUCGUGACGAAAGAUAUGUGUCCGCAAGGUGCUUAUCAAGUGCGUUUGUGCAAAGAUGGCAAAUGGACGACAGUUCUGGUCGAUGAUUUGCUUCCAUGCGACAAACGGGGACAUCUGGUGUACUCCCAAGCGAAGCGGAAACAACUUUGGGUCCCUCUGAUCGAAAAAGCAGUCGCUAAAAUCCACGGAUGUUACGAAGCACUCGUUUCGGGACGCGCAAUUGAAGGCUUGGCAACACUUACGGGAGCUCCGUGCGAAAGUAUUCCACUCCAACCGAGUUCUAUUCCGAUGCCGAGCGAAGAUGAGCUCGACAAAGAUCUCAUUUGGGCCCAAUUGCUCAGUAGUCGAUUGGUGAAAUUCCUCAUGGGAGCCAGUUGCGGCGGCGGAAACAUGAAAGUCGACGAGGAGGAGUACCAAAGUAAGGGAUUGAGACCGCGACAUGCGUAUUCAGUAUUAGAUGUUCGUGAUAUCCAAGGACAACGACUCUUAAAGCUGCGAAAUCCUUGGGGACAUUAUUCGUGGCGCGGCGAUUGGUCUGACGACAGCGAUUUAUGGACUGAUGACUUGCGAGAUGCUCUUAUGCCUCAUGGUGCUUCGGAAGGAGUCUUCUGGAUAUCGUUUGAGGAUGUCCUCAAGUACUUUGACUGCAUCGACAUUUGCAAAGUUCGUUCGGGAUGGAAUGAAGUUCGACUUUUGGGAACGUUGCAACCACUUUGUACACUUUCUUGCGUACUUUUAACUGUUUUAGAACCAACAGAAGCAGAAUUUACCUUAUUCCAAGAGGGUCAAAGAAAUUCAGAAAAAUCCCAAAGAUCGCAACUGGACUUGUGUGUUGUCGUUUUUAGAACUCGAAAUCCUGCAAAUCCCGAAGUUGGUAGAUUAGUCGAACACAGUAAACGUCAAGUUCGUGGCUUUGUUGGUUGUCAUAAAAUGCUUGAACGUGAUUUAUAUUUACUUGUUUGUCUCGCAUUCAAUCAUUGGCAUACCGGAAUCGAAGAUCCCUCGUUGUAUCCGCAAUGCGUAUUAGCCAUUCACAGUUCAAAAAAGUUACUUGUCGAGCAAAUCACACCGCCAUCUUACUUAUUAGCGGAUGCCAUCAUCAGUCUUACACUCACAAAAGGGCAGCGUCAUGAGGGGCGUGAAGGAAUGACGGCGUAUUACUUAACAAAGGGUUGGGCUGGAUUAGUUGUAAUGGUCGAAAAUCGUCACGAAAACAAAUGGAUUCACGUCAAAUGUGAUUGUCAGGAAAGUUACAACGUCGUUUCGACACGCGGCGAGCUAAAAACUGUCGAUUCCGUGCCGCCGUUACAGCGACAAGUCAUUAUUGUGCUGACCCAACUCGAGGGAAGCGGCGGAUUUAGUAUCGCGCAUCGACUUACGCAUCGUUUAGCCAAUUCGCGUGGCUUGCACGAUUGGGGACCGCCCGGAGCAACGCAUUGUCCUCCCAUCGACAACGUUUUCGGCCUUCAUUCGCCCCGAAUGAUCACCUAAAUUGAGCUAAAAACAUUUUUGGUGUGAUUUUUCUUGCAAAGUGAUCUUCAAAAUAUUGAAAAACUCUUGUUAAAUGUUCUGGAUAAAGACUUAUUUUUCGAAAAUCUUGAUGACAUUCAUACUAAAGGGCCAUAUAUUAACAUAGAUUCUCAAGUUAAACAUAUUAAUAAGUGUAAACGGAUAGUUAAGAACACAUGUUAUCAAGCACAGACUCAAGAGUUCACCAAUGAAUUAUUCUUGUAGACGAGAAAUUGAUGUGCAACAUCACAAAAAAUAGAUUGAGACAGAUAUUAGACAGAAAGUUGUCACAAAUAAUAAUUAAUUAGGUAUAAUGUUAGUGAUAGGAGACAUAGAAUUAAGAAUAAUGUAUGAUAACGGAAAUAAAAAU